GUGACGGCAAGCGUUAGGCGGAAACUUGUCUCACUAGCAGGCAGCAGCCUGAUCGCAACAUCUAGCCGCUCUCGCCAAAGGCCUGCUGAGUUCGAUUAUGUCAAGAACACGGCAUCUACAAGGGCGCAAACGACCGACUUACCAUCAAAAACACGACCUACCGACACAGCAUCGCGGCGGCACCGACAUCCGCCACUCCCACCUUCAAAGGCAGUACCUACGCUCCUGCACCGGCUCCCAGCGGAGCCUAGCCGCCGCUGUCAGACGGGGCACAGUAAGCUCUCCACCCGAUAGCACCCGGUUCUCAAUCUCGCCGACCCAAAGCUUCAGCUCGGCAUAACGUGGGAUAGCAACGAAAAGACGCGCCACCGACGACAGAAACACGCGCGUCAUACUGCUAGACGCUUUUGACCAUACACGGAUU